UUUAUGUAAACAGUAAAGAUGGCGGCGUCCUGUCUUAUCCGAGCCGUCCUCAGCCGGACUCUGAGCAGGUUCAGGUUUUCCGGAAGAUCCAGUAAGCAGAACACAGCAGGUCAGAUGGUCUCCGUGGCUGCAAGAGACCGCUCGGCAUGCUGGGUAGCUGUGAGGAGGCAGGGGGGAGGAGGAGGAGGAGGAGGAAGAGUCUUGUGGACAGCAGUAGCCUUCUCCUUGUUCAGCAGCUCUGAAGAAGACAAACGAGAUGAAGCUCAGAGGAAGGAGGACGAGAUGAUCCUGCUGUUAAAGAAGGCCAAGCUCAGCAUACAUCGGGGUCAGCUCCAGGCAGCUUCCUCCUUCCUCCAUCAGGCUGUUGCUCUGGCUCAUCAGACCCACAACAACCAGGCCAUCAUCUACACCUACAGCCAGAUGGCGAACCUGGCCUACGUUCAGGGGCAGCUGGACAGCGCUGAGAAACUCUUCAAAGCCUCCAUGAGCUUCAUGUUAGCAGGAGGAACUCCACAGGAUGACAAUGCCAUCAUUGAGAUGUCUCUGAAACUGGCCACCAUCUACGCCGAGCAGAACAGGGCGGAGCUUGCAGAGCACGGCUUCAGAUUCUGUACAGAGUCCCUGGAGGCCAAACUGGAAAAGUUCAAGGAGCUGAAAGAAGACGAGAAGACAGAGGACGAGGAGACUCUGAGGAAGGAUACACGUCUCCUACUUGGUCUUUGUUUGGACUCGCGUGCUCGAUACCGGGCGUCCAUGCUGCACCUGGACAAGGCUGGACAGGACUACCAGAACGCCCUGGACAUCUGUCGGCAGGAGCAGGGGGAGACACACCCACAGACUCUAGUCUUGAUGAGUGACUUGGCCACCAUCUUGGACCUUCAGGGUCGCCAUGAUGAUGCCCUGGUUCUGAUCCAGCAGGCCGUGGACCUGAGCCGGUCUGUGGGACACCUGGACCAGCACGUCCUUCUGGGGAACAUGGCAGGUGUCCUGCUGCACACAGGCCGGUUGGAGGCGGUCCGGUUGUACCAGGAGGCUCUAAGUCUGGCUCAGCAGGCUGGGGACCAGGCUGCCGUGGACCAGAUCCAGGAGGGACUGAAGGAGGUGAAGAGGAGGGACCAAGAUAAGAAGGAAGAGGCUGCUCAGUGACUAUGAUCUGGAUCAGACCAGUUCUGUAGAACCCUACUCUGUUCCUGUGACUGUUUGCAUGUCCAUGUGUUCCAGACGACUCUGAAGGUCCCCGUGAAGAAACUGGUCCUUGUGUCCCCUACAGACCUGAAACACCUCAGUCAGAACCAGAUCCAGAACAUGGGUGGUGUGUGAGAGGCUGCAGGUUCCCACGCUGUGAAGUUGUUGUUUACAGAACAGUGAGAAUAAAGAACUGUAAACAAUCAGCAGAUUAACACAUGCAGAAGGGGGCGGAGCUAAACACCUUCUUACCUUUGGUCCCUUGACUUCCUGGUUCCCAUUGUAACCGUGAUGGUGGAUACACUGAUUCUUUUUGUGUUCAGCAAAUUAAAUAAAACACGUUGUUGUUGUUGU